AUGAAAAAUGGUGCGAUGCCAAGGGAACACGUCUUUUUCAAGAAGUUGUCCUUCGACUUCCAGGCUUUGAAAGCCCAGACUCUGCCACCGCCUAUCACACGACCUUUCCAGCAGAGGGACAACGAGGUUUGCGACAUGGAAGAUCUCUCAGGUGGGAUGCAGACUUCUGACCGAACAUUAUGCGGCUGUAAAGUCCUCGCCCUGCGAGCUGUUCCCCUUGAGCCGGUGCCCACCCCAGCGUGGAAAGUGCCAAGCAUCGUGAAGUUCUCUACUUUGGAGCGAUGGUUGAGAUUUGCUUGUACAGAUGUGGCUAAGACUUGCCACAAUCGCUUGCUCGAGGAGCUUGGUUUUCCUUACUUCCUUCCGAAGGGCACGCCAGAGCGCGCCAGAGCUUCUGUGGCCCCUGUGGAGGAGUGCUGCUCGGGAGUACAGUUCACGAAGUUCACGAAGGCAACAGCUGUGGAACGGUUCGAGCCAGAGUACCCAGAUCCUGUUUUAGUGGCGACGCUUUGUAUCUUGCUGUCAUUUGUUGCCUGUGACGUUCUCAGUGGGCAGUUGCUCGACGUUCCUGCCCCGUGCAAUACCGAUUCGUUCGAAACGGGGCUUGUUACCGGAGGUCCCUGCGUGAAGGCCCGCACCAGCGGUCUAAAGCUCCUGCGCUUUCCGUUCCUGGGCUUUGCACCGAAAGGAGGCCGGCAAGGCCAUCAGAAGCCUCCCUGCAGCCAGGUUGCAGCCCUCCGGAGCAGGUGGGGCCACCUGCGAACUCUGAGCCGAAUGGCGAGCGGUGAUGGCGAGGCUGGAAACUUGCCAGUCGACGAGGCCGAUCCGGGGGAGCAGGAGCUUUUUGGGUCAGACGGAGAGGCGGAGGGCCCGGAUCCGGAUGAAAAAGAUCUCUUUGGCGAUGACGAUGAAGGUGAGGACCUGGAACUCUUUGGCUCUGAGGAGGAGCAGGAAGAGGCUGAGCCCCAGGAGCCUUCAGGUCGCCCUGCACCAGCUGUUGGAGAGGGGCAGCCUCCGUCGGUCGUCAGUGAGCUGGACGAGAAGGACAUUUUCGGAGACUUCUCUGAUGAUGAGCCUGAGAAGGAGCUCAGCAUCGACGUCAACGAGCGGAUGAUGCCCUCUGCAGACAAGGCCCUCAUCAGCAUGCGACUGCCAAAUAUGCUGUCCUUCGAUGAGGAACAGUACCUUGGCCUGGAGUCCAUCACAGACACGCUGAUGGAGGGGUACAAGGAGUUCAAAAACACAAGAGGACAGAACGUGGUCAGCUUGCAAAGCCCAGAGAACUGCGUGCGAUGGCGGCUGGAGCAGGAUGCUUACGGAAAUGACGUGUUGGACUCCGCCGGGCGGCCGGUUCAUGAGUCCAACUGCCGGCUGGUUCAGUGGGAGGAUGGGACCUGGACGCUGUAUGUGGGGAGUGAGCCCUUCAACAUCACAGAGGUCAAAGAGAGGAUUCCGAUCUUCGAGGUCAACAGCCAGGACGUUUACGUCUGCCAUGGAGCUGUCUCUAACAAGUUUAUUGCCACUCCCACAUCAAUGAAGUCGGAGUCACACGACAUGCUUAAGAAGUCUCAGUACCGGAAGCACGAACCGGUACGCCGAUCCCUGCUCAUGACAGCCACGGCCCCAGUUUUUGGAGUUGUAUGCUGUUGCAGCGGUGGAAGAGUGGUGAAAGCGCUGCCCGAAAGUUUAAAUGUUUACCACAGGCAGUGCUGGGCGACUUAA